AUGUUUUCAAGUCACGUCACCUUUGGAUUGCUGCUGUGCGGCAUACUGUCAUUCGGCGAAUAUAAACCAAUUAGUGCAAUUGAUUCGACAGUUCGUCCACCAUAUCAUGAGUACGCAAAAAUGGCACGCUAUUUGGUUCACAAAUCAAAUUGGACAUCGAUGGGGACUAUAUCGAGUCUAUCGACUAUUCAUGGUUUUCCAAUGGUGAAUGUCAUAUCAAUUGCUGAUAGCGCCUGUAAUGCACCAUCGACGGGACACAUCUAUUUUUUGCUCACCGAUUUGGAUUUUACCGGACAAGAUUUGGCAAUUAAUAACAAAUUAACAGCUAUGUUUACUGAAGAUCAAGAUUUAGCCUGCACAUCCAAUCACACCGAUACUAUGGAACCAACAUGUUCACGAGUCAUUUUCACUGGCAAAGUAGAGCGUUUGACAUUGGACACAGUCGAAUACAAACAAGCAGACAAAUGGUACACCAAUCGACACCCAGCAUCAAUACACUGGCGAAAUUCGCAUACAUUUUAUUUUUGCAAAUUGAAUAUUGAGCACAUCGCUGUCUUGGAUUUUUACGGCGGUGCACACUACGUUUCCGUCGAUGACUACUAUAAUGCCAAUUAUGAUGCAGACGCUAGCGUUAACGAUAUUGAAGGUGUUGUUCAGCCAUCGGUCAUUGGACCAAAACAGUUGGAACAGUAAUCAAAUUCGCCUUUGGAGAAAAAAACAAACCAAUCAGAAUUCCCAUCAAAGUUAGUUUCGAAGAAAAGAGAAUCACUUCAAACAAUAAGUGGAUUUAAGUUCUGUUCUUCACAAUUUGUGCACUUAUAUUUUCUGCAGACAUUUUGUUAAAAUAAAAAUCAAUUCUAGAGAUGGUGGUAAUUGAGAGCUGAUAUUGCAAACCAAAAAUGUUAACAUUGACAUCAAUAUUCAUUAUAUUAAAAUAAAAGCAAUCAAGCAGCUUGACGAA